UGCGUGAAAACUCUGCUCAAAACAGUCAACAUGACAGACCAUGUUCAUGCUUGCUCCUUGGCCUACUCUACUACACUCUUCCUCCGCCUGCCGCGCAGAGCGAGCGAGCCACCCACCCACACGCUGCUGUCAUCAUCAUGCCCACUGCCCACGCCCCAUCCUUCCAUCCAACCACACCCGCCGCUUGCGCCCUCAUCCGUCACCCGACGUGCCCUCUCGUCUGUUUCGUGAGCCUGGCUUGGCCCUCUAGCUCUCGACCUCAUGGUGUCAUCUGUCCAGCUUCCGCCUCUCCCCUCGCCUCUCCCACCUGUGCACGAGUCAUCUCACCGCUCCCUGCCCGCACCAGGCUUCCCUGUCUAACCCGCCCUCUGCCCACUCCCUCUCUCGUCGACGCUACCACCCCAUCGUCACUCCAUCUGCCUGCAAUCGGCCUUUGUG